AUGAAGUUAAUAGGCUCUCACUAUGUGCUUCUGCUUUUAUCAUCCCUCGGAUUGUCCGCCGCGGAGACUUCUCGCCUGAAAGAUGACGCCCCUUGUGUCGUCCGCUCGCCCACCAGUGGCAUGUACUUCGACCUGAGCGCCAUCUCAUUAUCGGCGCCGCAACUGAAGGAUGGGAAACGAGUGAAUAAAGAUGCGCGCGACGAGAGCUGGCAUGCCAGGGGUCACGAUUACCCGGCCAACUUUACGCUAAACAUUUGCUCGCCGGUCCUGGAGACGGUCGAGGACGUGGUGGGAGUGGAGUCGUCGCUAUGGAAGAACAUCAGCGCAUACUACGUGCGCGAUAAUAAGACAUAUUCAAUUGGACAAGCGGCCGCCAAUCCGAUCUUCCGCGGUCGUAAACUCGUCCUAAACUACACGAAUGGUUCGCCGUGCGAGGAUGAUUGGAAGAUCGCCAGCUCGAAUACCUCCAUCCGAAGAAAGUCCACGAUCAUGUCCUUCCUCUGCGAUCGCGAUGCUUCGCCUUACCAGGCGACCCCCUCCUUUGUCGGUACCAUGGAUUCCUGUACCUACUUCUUCGAGGUGCGCAGCUCCGCCGCCUGUGGUGGGAUCGCAGUCGAUCCGAACUCCGGUGGGAUGGGCCCGGGCGGUGUCUUUGGUGUGAUUAUGCUUGUCGCCGUGGUCGUCUACAUGGUUGGCGGUUGUGCUUAUCAACGAACCGUCAUGCACCAGCGCGGCUGGCGCCAGUGCCCGAACUUCAGUCUCUGGGCUGGGAUGUUCGAUUUCGUUAAAGAUAUGUUCGUCAUUCUCUUCUCGUUUCUCGGACGAUGCUUCCGUUCCAACCGACCUUCGCACGGCGGCUACACUCGUGCGGACGGUAACGAUCGUGGUGGUUUUAUCAGCGCAAUUGGUGGCCGUGGAGGCCAUGGAGGAAGGAGGGAUGUGGAUGCAGAGAAUCGGUUGAUUGAUCAACUUGAUGAGGAAUGGGAUGAUUAA